AUGCUUUCUCCAGACCCAUUUGCUGAUUGCCAAGAUCAUGAUGACUCUUUUGAAAACUUUCUGCCGACUCCCUCAACUUCGAGAAGGCGAAGUGAGGCCAUAGUGUUAUCAGAAGAAGAUUCUUUGGAUGGAUUGAUAGGAAGUGAACAAGUAACAGUAAUCGAAAACGUACCAAACGAUACGAUUUUAAAAGAACAAGAAGAUGAUGAUUCUGGAGAUGAACAAGUCAAUUUAGAUGAUACUAUAACUCGUAUGUUGGAAUCAAGUGAUGAGGAAGAAGCAGAUAUAGAAGUGGAGCCGCAAAAUGAUGCACUUGCCAAUCUUUUGAGGUCUUUCACAGAAGGAACGACAAAAAGAGGGCAUGCAGAGCAAGAAGAAGAAAGGGAAGAUGAUCCCAAUAUGAGCAUAGACGUUUUUGGAGACUUGAUGCAAAAUAAGCCAGAAGAAGAGAAAGAGGAAGAAGAAGAAACACAAGUGUUGCCAAAUUCUCGAAUGAUUCCUGUACAUUUGCCAAAUCAAAAAGAGGCGAUCACUAGAAAACGACGAUGCGAACCUUCUGAGCCAUCAACUUCCACGGCUCCUCUUGGCACAGAUGGUCCUGUUGGAGUCGUCAGUUCAGAUACUGGAGAAUACUGGAAUCAACCGAAAACGAUAACUGUUCAUGGGCAAAAUUUUGAAAUCAACAGUUUUAACGAUUAUAUGAGGAUGAAGAUCACAAAACUCAAUCAUCAGGUGAACAGUGAGAAGUCGAAACCAUACGAAAAAGUAUCUGAAACGUUGAAAGGAUAUUCCGUUUUUGUAAACGGAUACACAGAACCCCCUGCACUCGUCAUUCGAGACCUUAUGAUGGCUCAUGGAGGAGAGUAUCAUUGCUACUAUCAGCACGGAAUCACCACCUAUACAAUAGCAUCAUCCAUCGCAACUGCCAAGGUUAAUCGAAUUCGAGAAAAAGAGAUUUUCAUUAGGGCUGACUGGAUUACUGAAUCAAUAGCAGCUGGAAAGCCACUCGAUUAUCGAGAUUUCUUAAUAUACGAAAAAGGGGCUCAAGAAAAAGGACAAAUGCAACAAUUUCUGAGGUCUUCCAACGAUAAACCAAUUGAGACAUCAUCGACGUCCUCUUCUUCUGGAUUUCUGGAUGCUCGAAAUCCCAAUUUUAUUCGAGAUUAUUAUGCAAGGAGUCGGUUACAUCUCAUCUCAACUCUCGCUCAAGACAUGAAAGAUUUCGUGGCAAAUUUAAAGUUGGAAGGAAAACUAACAGCAAAGUGUUUCCUAGAAAACGAAUUAGCUGAAAUGGGUAGAAAACUGGGAACAGGAACAGGAAUUCAAACGAAUACUGUAUUCCACGUGGAUUUGGAUUGCUUCUUUGUCUCGGUUGCAGUUAGAGAUAGAGUGGAUUUAAGAGAUAAGGAAGUGGCUAUUACGCAUAGCAAAGGAACCAUCUCAAAUAGUAUGAGUGAAGUGGCAUCGUGCAGCUAUGCAGCUCGUAGCUGCGGUGUCAAAAAUGGAAUGCUGGUGAGAGACGCGCUUCAAAAGUGUCCCCAACUCACUCUCCUACCCUAUCAAUUCGAUGACUACAUCCAAGUUAGCCGUCAGAUUUAUGAAAUUUUGGCCAGCUAUACAUUGGAUUUGCGAGCAGUGUCUUGUGAUGAGAUGUAUAUAAACAUGAGCAGCUUGUGUGAAAAAUACGGUAUAAGUGAUCCAACAGCUUUCGCAGACCACAUUCGGAAAGUGAUACGAGAGAAAACAAGGUGCCCAGCAAGUGUUGGAAUCGGAUCAACGAGUUUAUUGGCCCGUCUAGCAACAAGACACGCAAAACCGGAUGGAGUAUUCUGGGUCACAGAAGAGAAGAAAACCGAAUUCAUGUUAGAAGAAAAGGUCAGAGACCUUCCAGGACUUGGUUAUGAAAUGAUGAAUAGGCUCACUUCAUUUUUUGGAGAGAUCACGACAUGUAGCCAACUUCAACAAAGAACAGAAAGAGAACUGAUUCCAGUUUUUGGACCGAAACUUGCUACAAAAGUAUUCAAUCAGUGUCGUGGAACUGAAGAAGAUCCAGAAAAUUUUUGGAAGACGCAUGUUAGAAAAUCAGUUUCUUGUGAUAUUAAUUAUGGGAUUCGGUUCAAAAAGAAAGAAGAAGUAUUGCAACUGAUGACAGCAAUUGGCGCAGAACUGGAACGGAAGCUUCUUGAUUGUAAAAUGAGUGCAGGAUCUAUAACAUUGAAAUUGAUGGUCCGAUCUGCUGAUGCUCCAGUUCAAACGUCAAAGUUUAUGGGUCAUGGACGCUGCGAUACUUUUACAAAAACCUGCAAUAUUUCUGUAUCCACCACCAAAGGCAAAAUCUUAACAUCGGAAUGUAUGAGACUUUACGCAAAAGUUUCUCCGAAUACAGAAGACCUUCGGGGAGUUGGAGUGACUUGUGGAAAACUGAAAAGCAAAUUUAGAAAAGAUGCAGCAAGUGUAGUUCAGGAAAUGUUUGGAAAAGGAAAGAGAGAUCCAAAUGCUGAUGAUCCUAUACAGAAAAAACCAAUCGAAUUAGAGGAAGAUGAUGACAGGCACAUGCGGAACAAAGUGGUGAAUAUUCCAUCCACGUCAAAUCAGAAUCAGAAAACAAGGAACAUAGCACAUCCGACAGAUGUGCGGAUAGCGAAUGAAAUAACUCUUCCGGGAUUGAUAAAGCUAUCAAAAUGCUACAUAAAGAAAUCAGUAAAGACCUAUGAAGAUGUAGAAGACGAGGAAUUGGAAGAGAAGUGUCUGGCAGAAUUAGGAACUUUCCUUCAGGAUGCGCCAGCUAAACAUAGUGUUCUGGGUGUCUUAGAAAUUCUGGAGGAGCUGCUCAACGCAGGAAAGCUAUCAACGUUUCAAUCUGUAUUUCGAAAAUUUGAAGAGAUGUCAAUGAAUUCGACUACUUACCACGUGGAUUGGUUUGCCGCCUUCCAUUCAUUGGUGCCGCAUAUCAAAGAAACAUCGGAACGUCUUCUCGAAUUUCCAGUAGAUGUACUACAAAAUGUGAUAGGAAAGUUAGGAACCACGGCGACUGGUACUGCUGAAUCUCAUCUGAAACCAACUGCACCUUAA